AUGGACAUUCAUCAAGAUAAUGAUAGAAGUGUGAAUCUGAAUAUUGCGAUGUCAGUCGGUCGACAAGGAACCCUCUCAUCUUGCAGUCUAUCAGACACUCCCUACCAUUCACCCUUAUCUCCUUCUACAUCAUCCUACUCCAGUAACGAUAGCAAUAAAAAGCGUUUCGGUGGUAAGCUGAGUGAGACCACUGGUGAUGAUAAUAAUGAAAGUAGUAGUAGCAGUGAGAGUGGAACGAUUGUGAUGAAUGAUAAGUUAAACGUUGAUGAAGACGAAGAAGAGUCUAGAACGCCACCUCCAUCUCCGAGCACAUCAAAAACUUCUCAGAGGCCAAGUUUAUUUUCAUUAGCACAAGUCUCACAUAAACUAGGUGAGCUCUGGUCAAGUGCGCGUGAGCGUGUUUUCGGUGAAGAUUAUUGGAUUCCGUCGGAUGUUUAUGAGGUUGUUCUAUUCCCAAGUGAAUUAUUGCCAGCGCACAAUUUUGUAUUUCCUGUGAAUGGAAAGAAAAGAGGUUUGAGUGUAGUACAAGGCACUCUUAAAAAUCAGCCUGCAUCACCAUUAUUUCAUGUUAUCUUUACGAAUACAGUCACCAAUAAUAACAAUGAUAAUGAAGAUUCAACAAAAGUAACAUUGAGCAUAUUUCGUUCACAUGAUAUUCAAGAAGCAGUUGAUUUGUAUAAUCGAUGCUGUGAUUGUGAAACACUUUUCAUGUUACUUGAUAUUGGUAAAGACAAUCGUAAACUGGUACGUGAGUUGGUAAAUGCAUUACGAACACAUCCACUGUGGUUGAUUGUACCGAUAGCAAUAGCAACCAAUCGACUGGAUUUUUUUAUGCAAGAAACUAUUUGUGGAGCAGAAGAGAAUGUAACGAGGACAAGCAAGAUAACUGGCAGCAAUAAUGAUUAUUUUAAUAUAAUGUUGCACGUGGCAGCGCAACCGGAAGGAUGUUAUCCGUUGAUGUUAGCCAUCGAAAUGCAUCGUAGUGAAAUCGUACGACGAUUGUUCGAGUUGGGUGUGGAUCCUUCGAUUUGCGAUAUCAACGGCAAUAAUGCUAUGCAUUAUGCGGCACUUGCUUCUGUCCACAUGCUCGAUUUAUUGUGGGAAUUUGAAACAACACAUAAUCUGUUGAACACGGUUAAUCAUGAUGGUUACACACCAAUUUUAUUGGCAAUCCGUAAUGCGAAUCCAAGAUGUGUGUCGUCUCUUAUCUCGCGAGGGGCUGAAGUUAACAUUUUGGUCGCUGGUCGAUCACCUCUCUUUGAAGCUAUGCAAAGUAAAGGCAAAUCCAUAGAAGUGAUUCGCACUCUACUGGAAGCGUCGCCGAAUCUCUUACAUGAAAAAGAUCGUACCACUGGAAAUACGGUUCUGCAUGCAGCGCAAUUCAAGACACCUUUGAUGGGUUUACUAUCGUUGAAACACAAGGAAUUGAAUUUGAAUGCACUUAAUAAUGCUGGUCAAGCACCGAUUCAUUUGUAUGUUAAUAAGGGCGAUAUUGGUCUUGUGAUGACAUUAUCAUCAUAUAAUUGUGAUUUGAAUAUUGCUGAUCGAAGUGGUGAUACGGCGCUACAUUUGGCUGUUUCAAGGAAGGAUCUUCAAAUGACUCGUCUUCUACUUUGUCUUGGUGCAAAUCCAAAUGUGAAGAAUAAACAUGGUGAUACGCCGAGGCAUCUAGCUGCUAAAUUACAACAAUGGGAUUUAUUGAAAAGCCUUGCGAUUUGCGGUGCGCUUCGUUGUGAUAUAACCACGAAAAGCGGAUGUGUUUCUGGAUGUGUGAAUAUGAAGAGAUUGGACGAGAUUAAAGAUGCGUCCUGGUGGGGUAUCGAGUGUGCGGAUGCGUAUACCAAUUUGAAUGUGCUCCAUUCAAGCAGUACUACUAGUCGGUCGGCCAGUUCAACGUUCAUUACUGAUCUCGAACAUUGUGAACAGUCAAACUCAACGAAUCUCAUUCGAGAUUUUAAACAAAAGUACUGCUAUGAUGAAAUGUUGAAAAAGUUAGAAGCAAUGACGAAGGCAAAACAGACACCAAACCUUGUCAAUUUGUUAUCAUUGGAUGGUGGUGGUAUAAGGGGUUUGGUUAUCAUUCAGAUGUUGAUAGACUUAGAAAAAGUAAUGGGUGAACCAAUAUUUCCAUAUUUUGAUAUGGUCGCUGGUACGUCCACUGGAGGUAUCAUUGUGGCAGGACUUGCACAAGGUAGGACCUUACGUGAAUGCCAGCAAGUCUAUUUGCGAUUAAAAGAUAUCAUAUUCGAUGGGUGGACGAGACCGUAUAAUUCAUCAUUACUGGAAGGGUUUAUGCAAAAAGAAGUUGGUGCAGAUACGACACUUGAUGAUAUUCAGUGGCCGAGAAUGAUGUUCACAACGGUACGUGCUGAUUGCUUUCCAGUUAAAUUGGAAUUGAUGCGUAAUUAUCGAUUGCCGAUCUCAAUUGAAAUGAACGAUCAGUUGGGAUAUAGUGAUCCAAAGGAAACACUCUUAUGGAAAGCAUUGCGUCGUACAACAGCUGCACCGACCUACUUCAGUUCGGUCGAUAAUAAAUACAUCGAUGGUGGUAUCAUAUCGAAUAAUCCAACGUUGGAUUUGAUCUCGGAUCUUGUCUUUUGGAAUUCCACAAAGCAUUAUCUGAGCAAUUCAAACGAUGAUCCAAUUGAAGUGGGAUGUGUGCUGAGUGUUGGUACUGGAGCAAUACCAACCAUUUCUAUGGAAACGGCUAAUUUGGAAAUUUCAUCGAAUCCGUAUUCAUCAGCUGUUGCAAUCAAAAAUCUUGGUGUUAUACUUGUUGAUCAAGUGACCGCAACUGAAGGUGCUCCAGUGGAUCGUGCCCGCUCGUGGUGUCAUUCUCAUUCAGUGCCAUACUUUCGUUUAUCAGCACCGUUGUUCAAAGACAUAGCAAUGGACACCAGAGAUGAUUGUGACCUGGCCAGAAUGAUGUGGGAUUGCGUCGAAUACUCCAAACAAAUGCAUUCUGAAUUGCAGAAAAUUGCUGGUCUUUUGAAAAAGUUAGGCUAUGCAUGGCGCAGGAGACAUUUAUUCACAUCAAAUAAGUCUGGGAAUGAUGCGCAAACUCAGACGUCGGCUCCAUCAACACCGUGA